AUGUUCACUAGACAAUUAUUCCGCUCAAUUCCACUCAGAGCCACUCCUGUCAUCAGACCACAAUUUGCAAGAUUCAUUUCUUUCGCCCAAGCUGAUCAACCAAGAAUUAGAAUUGGAUCCACGGCACCAAAUUUCCAAGUUGACACUACCAAAGGUAAGAUUGAUUUCCAUGAAUUCAUUGGUAAUGAUUGGGUAAUUCUUUUCAGUCACCCAGCUGAUUUCACUCCAAUUUGUACUACUGAAUUAGGUGCAUUUUCAAGAUUAAAAGGUGAAUUUGAUAAAAGAGGUGUUAAGUUAAUUGGAUUAUCUACUGAAGGUGUUGAUAGUCAUAAUGCUUGGGUUAAGGAUAUUGAAGAAGUUGAAACUCAAGGUAAGGAAUUUGCAUUCCCAAUUAUUGCUGAUUUAAAUAAAGAAGUUGCAUUUAAAUAUGAUAUGGUUACUGAAGAAGAUUUCAAGAAUUUAAAAUCAGGAAUGGUUGCUACUGUUAGAUCAGUAUUUAUUAUUGAUCCAAAGAAGACUAUUAGAUUGACUUUAACUUAUCCUGCAAGUACUGGUAGAUCAACUACUGAAAUCUUGAGAGUUGUUGAUGCUUUACAAACUUCUGACAAACAUGGUGUUGCUACUCCUGUUGAUUGGACUCCUGGUCAAGAAGUUGUUAUUCCACCAAGUGUUUCUGAUGCUGAUGCUAAGGCUAAGUUUGGUGAAUUCAGAACUGUUAAGCCAUACUUAAGAUACACUAAGGUCUAA